AUGGAAACAAGACAGACUACCAGAAAACGACGAAACAGCUCCGUUUCCAACUCAAGGAGCACGUCGCCUGUGUCGCACCGCACCAGACAAUGUGUGUCUGGAUCAUCCGGGGCUGAGCCUAUCGUGGCCUCAUCUGCACCUAAGCCUGCAGUAAGCACCCCCAAAAAAUCAAGAAAGCGGGUUCGGUUCUCAGAUCCAGGCCCACAACUGCUUGGAAAUGGUUUCUGCUCUACCGGGUUAACACCCGCCAUGCAACGCACUUCCUUUGAUGGUGGUAUCUCAGCUGGGGAUGCUACACCUAGCCGGAAGGCCCGACGUCGUUCAGCCCCAACACCACGUUACCGACGGCGGUCAUUUGACCCAGUCGAGCCUUUUGAUGAGACAUCAUCGGAAAGAAUUGUCCAGUUCACUCCUCUGCGUCAGAUUCUAGACACAAGAACCAAGCGAAGAAUUCGGCGCAUUGGACUGAGCGAUGAGAUCAACAGCAUUCAGCGCGAGAAGCGCGACGCUGCAAGUUUUGAGAAGACGUUGGCUACUCUCCUCCGGGAGCGAGAUGCCUUGCAACAAGAGUUGACCUCUAUGAAGCAAAUUCGGGGAGCCUCAGAGGAGCGAAUGCCAUCUUAUGAGUCCUAUUGGAGGUCAUCCCAGAUCCAAGUGAACGACUUGGAAGAACAGACAACUAUAUUACAAGACCAUAUAUCUAUCGCUUCCAACUCUGCCGCGGAAGAACAUGAACCAUCUGUUCAAAAUGACGGGGAUACCUUCAUGAUCAAUGAUAGUGCCAUCCUUACUUCGGAGUCUCCUGUUUUUCGAGGCCAGCGCCACAUGCGUUCACCAGUACCCGAACAACCAGGUCUAUUUGACGAUUCCCGGCUCGACGAUGGUCCCGGAGACACUGAAAUUGACGGCCUCAACCUCGAUCUGGAGGCCGCCAGAAACGAGAAGAGAGAUCUCUUUGAUGCGUGUCGCUCACAGAUAUCCGCAUUUGAGAAUUCAGAGCUGGGCGAUAUCCUCCAAAAAUCAUCGCCGCCUGCAGACUUCCUCGACAACAUCCUGAAUACUUUAACUACUGCUCUUUCCCGUGCUUCUGAUGCCAUCAAGACUCUUGAAGGCAUCAGUCAAGAGUGUUCAAGCUUGGGGUUCUCAGGAACAAGCCUUGAUGAUGUUAUUUCCAGCAUGAGAAACGAAUUCCGCUCCGCGCGCCUAGAGCUCGAACGUACCGUUCCGGGCGAAACGCCUGGUGGCCUUGAGAAUGGCAAGGCAACAUUAAGUGCCUUGGUGAAGCGAGUCAAGUCGCUAGCCAGGGAGCUCAGAUCGGAGCGCAAAUAUCACUACGGCUCUCUGGGACGUGAAAAGGCCCUAAGAGGACAAUUCGACAACUUGCUUUACCGGUACGAAACAGCAACAGAGAAAAUCAGCACACUCGAAAACUCCAUCGCAUCUUCCGCAAGUGACAUGAUUCACACCCGCAUGCGGAUGCAAGAUCUUGAGAGUGAAGAUCAGGAAAAGACCGUUGGGAUUGACAGGUUAAAUACGGCACUCGACAAGUACCACGAAGACGUCAAGGGUCUUGAAGAGCUGGUCAGCAAGAUGGAGGACGGAAAUGUUUCUAUGAAAGCCAAGUACCGCCAACAGAUAUCCGCACUUCGGAAGGAAGUCGCUCAUGAGCGCGAACAAAGAUCUGCGAUCGAGCUCUCUGCUACCGAAUACGAGUCUCGUAUUCGAAAACUGGAAGAGACUGUUGAGAAAAACCGAAUUCAGGCUUGUGCUCUCACUGCUGAGAUGGAGAUUCUUGAGAAAGAGCAUGAAAAGGCUCUUGAUCAGAAAGCACAAGAGCAACUACAGCAUCAUGAGCAAGAAACGGGGAUCUUGAAUGUUCGAAUCUCUGAACUCUCGACUUCUCUUGAAGCUACUCGAUCAGAGACUCAACGCCUUCGAAGGGUCAACAGUGGUCUCGAAGAGCAACUGCAAGUGGAGCUGGAGGCUCGCGAUGAUCUACUUGAUAAAUGGGCUGCUGAACAGGCCCGCUCCUUUGCUCAUAUGAAGGAAGCUGUUAGUUCUGAACGACGGAGAGCUAAGGUUCGUGCGGCUAAUUGGGAACUUAAAUCCGAUGAUCUCAUGUCGGAUGGAACCACGAUAGCUGGAAGUGAGCCUAUUACCCCGGUGAGCAUGACACGGUUUGUCGAUGUUGAAAUGGGGAGAGGCAAGGAUCGUCGACGAAUCGACAGCAAUUUUGGGAUUUUCACCAAUGAAGAUGAGAGUGAAGACAUGCCCGAUAUCCAGCAUCGCCUGGAUUCUGACAUUGAUUUGCCGACUUCUGAUCUGAUUGCAUGA